UGGAUUAAUUACAGAGUCUGGGCUCGUGGUUCUAAUUCACACACCAACUUUACAACCAUAUACUUUGCACCCUCCCACACACUAUUAAAAGUUUUAAUAUACCAGACACAGCAAUUCUACUUUUCUAAAUAUUGCCAGAGCAAGCCACACUGGCUUGUAAAAUGACUUUUACACCUUAAUAAUGACACUACAUAUUCAGUGGCUUGACAUAGUGAAACAUCCUGGAAGAUAUUCUCAAAUUCAAUUUGCUUGAAACUUUAUGGUUCAUAUUCCCAACAUUCUGUGAAAAACUACUUAAGGAUCAGAGUACAUUUGAGUAGCACUGCAAACAAACAUCCCUGUGUAGAAUUGCAACUUCUAUGGCUAUAGCCUUUCCAGGCAUCAUGGGAAUACUUCUGGAAAGUAAGCCUCAAGUUAUCUGGGUUCCUAUUGAGCAUUUUGCAAUAAUGAUAACAUUAAAAAGAAGUAGUGAUAAUGUUGCUGUUGCCCGGCAAAAAUCUGUGGCCUUCAGCUAAAUAACUCCUACUAUACAUUACCAAAAGAGGUGAAGACUCCCUCCACUAUUUAGAUGAGGAAUCAGAGAAAUUGUGCAGGUUCUUUAAAUAGUGGAAUGAGAGUUACAAGAACAGUAGCCAGAUCUAGGUUUCCUGAGCUUCCAGGUAUUCUCUCCAUUCAUAGGACAUAUGCUCCAGAGACAAAAUACUUUUAUUUAUGAGGCUGAACUCAAGAUUAAUCAGAAGAAAGUGAACAACCAUAGUAGUCUGACUCAUGUUGUCAAUACAGAUAUACGUGGCCAGUCACAAAGUUUAUCCAGAUAAGUAUGUGUAAGGGAAAUAGGUUUCAUUAAGUCUGUAUUUUCAUGCUCUCCGGAUAUUGUGUAUUACCCAAGCAUCUGCCUUUGAAGUCAAAAGCUUACAAUUUCAUUAGUUUUCCUUUACUAUUAUUUAUAUAUGUAGUCUUAAUUUUUUUUCUUCGUCUUUUUGCCUAUUUCACUUGAAUCAGUUAACACAGAGACAAAUAUCAGCCUUGCUGUCUAGCCUUACAGCCAGUCCUGGGCACUAGCAGCACGUGUCUAAUCUUUAUGCUAGAGAAAAUGAAUCCUGGCACCAUGGAUGGAAACAAGACCCAAACAAGUUUAAGUAUCUCCAAGGAAUCUCCUCAAAAGGCAGCAUAGUACAGUAAAAUGUAUCAAAAAUAUUCCUUCUAUAUUAAAAAAAAAAAGAUAUGGUGCAAGAGGAAAGCGCUAGUAAAACCAAAGAAGGUGUGGAUUAGUAAGAGAAUUGGAAAUUGGCAGCCUGUGACAGUGAAUGGGAUAUGUCCCAUUGUACAAUGCAUCCCCGAGCAUUUUGCAGAGCCAUGUCACACAAACCCAUGUCAUACUAACAGGAAAAAAGAAAAGUAGCUUCUUAUAGAGAAGCGCUGAAAAGCGAAGGCUUUGGAAGAACAUCACUCCUGCCAACUGAGCAAAGACAAUACUUCCACAGCAGAGAGACUUACCAGAUUAGCAUGUCAAAGAUAACGGUAUCUAAUUUCAAGUUUUUGCAGAGGAAAAAGGAAAAGGAUAUCUUGUGAAUUCUGUGAUUCAGUGGGAGAAUAUAGAAAUAACUUCUGGCAGAUGCUCUAAUCAUGCUGACAGUUCUGCUCCAUCUCCUUUAAAACACAGAGUUCUUGUUUUACCAAGAGCAUUUGCCCUGAACCAAUAUUCUGCUGUAAGAGGUACAGUGGGAACCUAAGGAGUUAGUUCUGCAGAUGUACAGUGUCCCAAAGCAGGUGCAAUUGCAUUAGUUUAUAGCUAUACUUCUCUUUCUCUCUUCUUGGCAAAACCAAUCUACUCACACAGCCAUCCAUACCACAUAAAGAAGCAUCUUGAAGAUUGCUGCUAAUUCAUUAUUUCAAAAAUACCAAGAACAGUAAAGAUAGGAAUAAGCAAGCAAAAAAGUCUGUUUUAAGGAAACAUUAGGGAAUAUUAUGAGUGCGCUCCUUUAGGAUCAAGAGAGAGAAUGCAGUGUAAAAGAAAUAAAGCAUCACUAGACCGUCCUUCUCUUAGCAGUGACAUGUCUGGCUUUUCUUUGAAAUUACAUGCCUAACAGAACUGAAUCCACACCAACUACAUGGCCUGCAUACCUUUCUGUACUUCUCAUGUUGUAUGAGAAGGCUUAAAGCCUGCCUGUGUGUGUGGCAAUCCACCAAAUGGCCUCACUGAGUUUUCUCUAAGUAAGAGAACUUCAUCAAAGCACAUCUUAAAUUACUUACCACGGCAUCAUCUUUGGCUCAAAUGAGAGCCCGCAUAGGGAAAGAAGCUUUAAGGGAUGGGAAGGCGUGGGAACUGAAAGGAGACACAUGGUAAGAGAAGUGGUGCCUCAAAAGAACCUUUGUCAUUUCAGUUUAUAAGAGUAGCCUGUUUGGAGCACACACUAACAAGGAGGGUGGAGAGCUUGCUCAGGGUGCUUUCAGACCAACUGGGUGAUCACAGGAAUACAACAGAACAACAGCUGACAGGGUAAUGUGACAAAAAUGUACUGCAACUUUAGUUAAUGCUGUACACACAUACAAAUCCAGCAGAAAGUUGGAAAUGCUUUUAGCACUGUUUCAAAAUCUGAAGAAGCAGCAUGCCCAAGCUCCAGUUAUUUUCAAUUUGAUUAGGAGCCUCACUUCCUUAGAUUCUUAACAAUUCCUUACGAGACUUGCACGGUAUUUCUACAGGAGCAGUAAAAGAUUCAUUUUUAAGUUCCAGGAGCUUUCUUGCCUGCCAAUCCAUAAUAGACCUCAGUUUCAGUUUUCUCUUUGCCAUUUUGGAAAUAAAGUUAAACAAACACAAAGAAAACCAAACAAUAGCUUACCCACAGACAGUGAGUAGUGCUAAAAAGCAUCAAAUAGAAUUUUGUUACAUUCUGUACUUGCUCUUUGCAAAUUCAACUUUUGCCAGUAGACUGUAAGAUCUCAGAUCCAAAGCCCCCAGUAAAUGUCACCAACUCAAUCAAAAGCUAGAGAAAAAAAGAUCUCUUUUAGAAGAAUCAUGUAAAGAAGAACAAAUAAAACUUCCAGUUUCUUAAGUGUUACCUUUGAAUUACUGCUGUUCAAACUCAUUAAGAUGCUGUCCUAUAUAUUAGAGAAAGAAAACAUGUCUCAUAUAAAUAUAAAUAAAAAUCCCUUACGACAAUGAAAAAUGUCGUAAAAUGUUUUCCACAUCUCCAUUAUUUCAGCAGAUGUUUCAAGACUCUCUUAAUUGCUCUGUACUUCUAACACUUCAGCUUAUUUCUGGCCUGGUAUUUUAUUUCAGCAUUGGAUUCUAGAGCAAGGGGACCCCCAGCUGAGUUUUACAGUACCUGUGGAGUAAGCUGCUACUGCCACCUUGGGGAGGAUUCUUUUCAUGUACUUCAAGGAGAUUAAGCAAAUGUUAUAUAAAACAGUUUGAUUCCCAUCUUACCUUGCUUGGAAUAUGACUUCUUAAAAUCCAUUGUCCAUGCUGACAUAAGACAUUCCAGAUGCAUCCUGUCAAAGGUUAUGCUACAGUAAUAAUAUUAAUGGAAAGAAACUGCAUUUUUUGGUGGGGAAGAACGGUCAGGUAACUUUUAGCUAACAUUUAAACACUGCCUUGCUUUCAGUGUUCUUAAUUUUAUCGCAGUUUUGCCAGUGUAAGAGCUCUGAUCUACCUAAAGCUGAACAAACUGUAUUUUACAUACAAGACUCCAUUUCUCCUAGAAUUCCAGCUUUCCUGAUAUUUUGAAUCAAUCCUUCCUUGUUCAUGUACAGCUUAAACUGUCUCCCUGGUGGGCUACUAAUGUGACUGCUUGGAUGACGUACAUUGCCUUAGCUCUAACGAGAGGCAUUACCAUGCAUAACAACAGCCUAACAAAUGUGCUGAACUAGAUUGUGACAAUCUAACCAAAGUCAAGACUUCCAGUCAAAUCAAGUGAAGCACCCAGAUUUUGUAUUUGGAAAUAUCCAUAGUUCUAUGAAACUGACCUACUCUUGGUUUUCAAGCGUCACCCUAUAAGCACUCUUCUUCAAUUCUGCUUCCAGCAGCAGAGAAAGGAACUUUGCUAUACACUUUAUAUAUAAAGAUAGAACCUGUGUAGGACUUGAGUUGUAUGCACUCUGCAUUGUUAACCUUCACACUAGGCUUUUCACAGUAGGAACUGUAGGAGCAGUAGAUGCCACAGCUACUUACACAAGGAAAGAUUUAACGUCUCACCUCUCAUCAAAAUAGGCAAGUUGAAGAAGAGGAGGCUGUCUAAAGGCAACUAACUUGUGUACGUGCUCUUAAAAAUACAGAGCAACAAAAUUUGUACACGGGUGUCUAAAGCCAGGCAACACAAAAUAACUCAUUCGUGAAGAAUAAUGUGAGCUACCCAAGGAGGCUGUUAAAGCACCAUUAGCUCCUACCCUCCACCUGUGGGACCAUAAUGGAACUCAGACUUCUGGAAGAACCGAAGCCUUAACUACACUGCUGCAGGCUGAAGCAGACCUCGUAUUGCAUUAAACCGCGACUUAGGAGCUCCCACAUAGAGCUACAUUUUGGAUAACAGUGUUAUCCAAAUGGGCUCUGGAAAGUGUCUUCACUUUUCUUCCCACCACAGAAAGCCUACAUACCAGAUUCCUGUUCUUUCAUUACCAGAUUCUUGGAUUAAACACAUCUCUCCAUCAACCUAGAAUUUAUGGUCAGAGAGGAGUUACAGCUGAACCUUUCUCUGCAAACAGAUAAGCACUCCUCUGUUCUGCUACCAGAAAUCAGUCAUUAAAACACAAAUGUAGAUUUAUUUCCCACUAUGGCACAGAAAUACAAAUUAGUUACUUUCUUACCUGGGGGAAAAAGCCUAAAAAGUAAGCGAUAGAUCUUUUUUUCCGGGAUAUCUUUUUAACUUUGCUUUUAGUACUACUAUAGCAUGGCAAAGAAUUACACUUGCCAGCAAAACAUACCAAGCAUAGCAUGUGAUCAAAGAAAGGAUUGCACCUAUCUAGCCAACAGCAAAUGAACACGAUUGACACUGGUGCCAGUCUUCUUUUCUUCAAUUUUCUUCCAGAUUCACAAAUGACUUCUGUGUUUUUAUCUAUUUUCAGAUUAUUUUAAUCUACCUUUUUAGAGAAAUAGCUUUACAUCUGUAUAAGUUUCACACUGUAUUUUGAAGAUAUUGCAGCUAUCAAUUCAUUAUAAGAAUAAAAGAAAGUGCACAUACUCUUCACGUACAUAUAUGUACACAUUCAAGAACACAAAAUAACCUACUACCUCCAUUAUCGCUCUCACAUUAAACUGCUGGUAGAAAUUAAUCAACUUUCAAAAAUACCCACUUUAUAUAUAAAACCAUAUUUGUAUCAGACAGUGCUAAGUACUGACCAAACACAACAAAUUGAGUGAGGAUCUAUCAGUAAUAGAUUAACCAGAUUAUUGUGUACGUAACAGUCUCAGUGUGGUACAUUGCUGCUGUAAGUUUCAAAGUUCAUGUACGAACUUCUUGCUCAGCUCACACGGUUUAUGAAUGAAGCUUGAAUGAAAAAAAGACUUUCAGAAAAUAUAAGGUUUGCAGACAUAAACCAAAGACAAUGGCAGACAGUAAUGAGAUGACAAUCAACCUUGCGGUCCUUGGAAGAACUCAGACUGGCAAAAGUGCUGCUGGGAACAGCCUGCUAGGCAGCUUGGACUUUGAAAGCCAUCUCUCUCCAAGCUCAGUGACCACUUGUUGCAGCCUUGGGUGCAGCUGCCGUAUUUUGGGGAUUACACGAAGAAAUGGCUGUGAGCUAGUUCUCCGCGUUCGGGUACUUGACACUCCAAGCUACCCUCACAGCAGCCUGAGCAAAGAGCAGGUGAAACACACAGUGAGAUCUGCACUGGCUCACCACUUCAGAGAGGAAGGUCUGCAUCUUGCUCUUUUAGUCCUUAGGGCUGACUUGCCUCUGUGUCCAGAUGAAAAUGAUCAAACAAUUCUGUUCAUCCAGGAACUCCUAGGUCCCACAUGGAAGGAUUUCACUGCAGUUUUACUUACUCACGCAGACAAGGCAGAAGCAGCUGGAUUCAGUGAGGAAACAUAUUUGCACAAAGCUUCAAGUACCCUGUUAUCACUGCUGAGCUCAGUACAGAACAAAUAUGUUUUCCUAGACAAUCAAAAGAGCAUAAAUAAAGAGGAAAGAACUACUGUCUUAAGAAAGCUCUUGAAUUUUAUAAGACAAAAUAAUUAUCGAGUGCUACUUAAACAUGACAAGGAAUAA